GCAAAGAUUGCUGGGGACAGAUGUUCAAGGGACUCGAACGUUUCGAGAGAUCCGAGGGACCAGCUGGCAGCGAACCCAUGGUCGUCCGUUUGGGUGAUCGAUGGAGCUGGCUGUCUGACUGGCCCGAGGAUGCAUGUUGGUGCUGGUCGAGAGAGUGAUUGACGUUGGAUGUUGGGGAACGAUGCGGCUCCCUGCUACCCUGCGGCUCGUCUUGCCGCGGUGGUCCGAGUCCCUUGGAUCAAAUAAAUUCCUGGGACGAAAUCAUGCCGGCCUUAGCAGCGUCAGAUCCUUGAUGGUCAAUGCAGCAGGGGCGGAACGCUUGGAUCGCCCUUUUCGCCCUCCUGAAACACGAUGCUCGGCACUCGGCCCUCCUCCGCCCACCCCUACCCCUACCCCAGGAUCUUCUCUGUUCCAACUCACCCAAUCUUUGCCCGCCCGCACGUCUUUGCUCGCGCCAACUGCCGCCAAACGGGAAAUCCGCCGUGAGAAGUUCGGACGAACGAGGCCCAGUCCUCGACAACCCCACAAGCAACUACAGCCGGACCCGGAGCCCAAUUUUGCCAGAAAAGAGACGACUGGGAGUCAUGCGCGAUCUCCCUGCCUAUACCUUCCUUGCCUACCGGUGUAGGUGCGCAUUGACGGCCAUGAGGCUCUUUGGCUGAGAACCUGAUCGCCGUCAACCUUUUCUCUCUUUCAUGAAGAAGCCUCUACCUCAUUAUUUUCAGCCAGCGAGCGAUAUUCUUUCUCCUUCAUUUUUAAUCCGGUGUUGCAUGGAGGCCCUUGUUACAUAUGUCUCUUCAUACAGCAUCUCUUGCUCAUUCGCCAAUAACCAUGGUUUACAGCCACUUCCUUUCAUGUACAUAAGCAUUCAAAGCCUAUCUUGGCUGAGACGAGUUUGUGGGAGUCGGCGGUUGGUUUUACCUUUCACCCUUUCAUCU